CAACACCAUCCUCCAUGAACGGUAAUCAAUCCACAACAACACAGCCAACCAAUCCAAACUCCCGCCUUGAUGCCCACAGAACAGAAGAUAAGGACAAAUGAUAGAAAUCGUAUAAGAACCUCUCGGUAUAUGCUCCAGCAUCUCGUCUUAUCCGCCCUCCACCUUCUUCAAAGCUCGGAACAGGACAGAACCCAUAUCACACUCUCUCUCAAAAAAAAGGCAACUGCGCUUCCCUCUUUUUCUCUGAGUGUUAGCUUGUAGUCAUGGCUAACACAACUGCAAAACCCAUCUCCUAUAACAAUACUCUUUUUUCCUCUUUCGGCUCCAAAACUCUUCGUUUUUCUUUUGUUAACUCUACCCACUUCAGCAAAUCUCUUCCUCCUCCUCUACUCUCCUUCUCUUGCUCUUCAUCGCAACCGUCGUGGUCUUGUUUCUCAAUAACGCGUGUUUCUACCGCUCCUGUAGAGUAUGCUCCGCCAGCUCCUGAUGAUAAUUUCCAACAAGAAAUUUCCAGGCUUAAAUCUCUGCGUUUGAAGCUUGCCUGCGCGAAUUCUCUGCACCAGAAGCUGUUAGUACUUGAUUCUGAUUAUCGGGUGAUGAUGUUCUUCAAUGCGCAUGGAAACGGGGUCUCUAAGGCUUUGAGUUUGCUUAAUUUGAGUUCGAGAGAGUGGUUUUUGGUUAAGUGUUUGGUGGCGGCUGGGCAAGAGCAUGUGCUUAGUUUGGGGUUUGAAUUGGUAGGGAGUGAGGUGGAAUCUGCGAAGGGUGCACUGAAGAGUGCGCUUUAUGCGUUGGUGGAGAUGAUUGAGAGGUUUGAUUUGAAGGAUAAUGGGGAGUAUGGUUUAGAGAAGAGUGAUAAUGGGGUGUAUUUGAACGAUGAGGAUAUAGGAGACUUGAAAAAGCUGCUGAAGACUUUAGCGGAGAUUGAACAGUUCUAUGAUUGCAUUGGAGGUAUCAUUGGAUAUCAGAUAAUGGUAUUGGAGCUUCUUGCCCAGUCAUCUUCUGAAAAGCAAACCACAAAUUGGUCACACCACAUUCAAGAAUCAAUGGAAUGCGAGUUUUUGGGAAUUCAUGCUCCUAAUGUAGUGGACCUUUCCAAAAAUACAGAGUAUGCAUCUCAAGCUGCUCUAUGGGGAAUUGAGGGUUUGCCAGACCUUGGAGAAAUUUAUCCUCUAGGUGGUUCUGCGGACCGGCUUGGUUUGGUUGAUCCAGACACAGGUGAAUGUCUUCCUGCUGCAAUGCUUCCAUUUUGUGGAAGGACUUUAUUGGAAGGCCUUAUAAGAGAUCUUCAGGCUAGGGAGUUCUUGCACUACAAGUUGUAUGGAAAACAAUGCAUCAUCCCUGUUGCGAUCAUGACAAGUUCAGCUAAGAAUAACCAUGAGCGUAUCACUUCUCUUUGUGAAAAACUCAGCUGGUUUGGAAGAGGUCGAUCCAGUUUCCAACUUUUUCAGCAGCCUCUUGUUCCUGCUGUUAGUGCAGAAGAUGGGCAAUGGUUGAUAACCAAACCAUUCUCACCUGUUUCCAAGCCUGGUGGACAUGGUGUUAUUUGGAAACUUGCUUAUGAUAAGGGAAUCUUUGAGUGGUUUUAUGAUCAUGGAAGAAAAGGUGCAACUGUACGACAAGUCAGUAAUGUUGUGGCUGCAACAGACUUGACCCUUUUGGCAUUGGCAGGGAUUGGUUUACGCCAUGGGAAGAAAUUAGGCUUUGCGUCUUGCAAGCGUAACUCGGGGGCUACUGAAGGAAUCAAUGUUCUUAUUGAGAAGAAGACUCUAGAUGGAAAGUGGGCUUAUGGUUUAUCAUGCAUUGAGUACACAGAGUUCGAUAAGUUUGGAAUCACAAGUGGAGCAUGUUAUUCUAACAGUUUGCAGGCAGAGUUCCCUGCCAAUACAAAUAUUCUAUAUGUGGAUUUAUCUUCAGUGGAGUCAGUUGCGUCAAGUAACAGUGAAAAAAGUUUACCAGGCAUGGUAUUGAAUACAAAGAAGCAGAUUGCAUAUGAGGACAGUUUUGGGAACUGUCAUAGUGUCUCUGGUAGCCGGCUGGAAUGCACAAUGCAAAAUAUUGCAGACAAUUUUUUAAAUACUUAUUUAUCCAGAUUUUACCAGGGUGUUGAAGAUAAGCUGGAUACCUUUAUUGUGUAUAACGAACGAAGAAAGGUUACAUCAUCUGCUAAGAGGAAGAGAAAACAUGUGGACCAAUCUUUGCACCAGACUCCUGAUGGUGCACUGUUGGAUAUCUUACGGAAUGCCUACGAUCUUCUUUCCUGUUGUGACAUUGAACUUCCUAAGGUUGAAGGUAAUGACAGAUAUGUUAAUUCUGGACCACCAUUUCUAAUCUUUCUGCAUCCUUCUCUUGGCCCACUUUGGGAGGUCACAAGACAAAAGUUUUAUGGAGGAUCCAUUUCCGAGGGCUCUGAGCUACAAAUUGAGGUUGCAGAGUUCAUGUGGAGGAAUGUCGAGCUUGAUGGGAGCUUAAUUGUUAUUGCUGGAAAUGUCAUGGGCUCAACAAGGAUUGAUGCAAAUGGGGAGCCAAUGUUGCAGUAUGGUCGCAGGUGUGGAAGAUGUAGACUGCAAAAUGUCAAAGUUCUCAAUAAGGGGAUAGACUGGAGUUGUGGAGAAAAUGCAUACUGGAAACAUAGCGUACAACGAUUUGAGGCAUUGAAAGUUAUUCUGCAUGGAAAUGCAGAAUUUGAGGCCAACAAUGUUAUCCUAGAGGGUAAUCAUGUAUUUGAAGUUCCAGAUGGCUACAAAAUGAAGAUCAUAUCAGGAAAUUCAGGCUUGGAAGUCCAGCUCAACCCCAUAGAACCAAAUAUGAUGGAUACUGGAAGCUGGUUUUGGAACUACAAGAUAAAUGGCACACACAUUCUUUUGGAAUUGGUAGAGUUGUAAAGUACUAGAUUUGCUGUCAUAAUUCUCUGUGAAUCUUCGUUCACAAAUUGAACUAGGAGUGCAUCUUCACAGCAUGAUUGGUUGUAACAUAAGUUAAACCAUCUAGAAUCUUUGUAGUAAUAUGUGAAGAUGGAUAGAGGCUUGUAAAACCUGUAUGGUUCUGGCUAGUUGUUCUGAUGUUUCCUUAGUUGGCUGGAGCUGUGCGUAAUUCCAGUGUAGAAGCAGUGUAAAAUUCUGAAGCAAUGAGAAUUUGUAUUUUCUCUCUUUA